UUAACUUAAAACACCGUGUGUUUAUCUGUCAAGAAAAAAAAAAAAAAAACACCGUGUGUUUGCGUUUGGCUACGCCAACUUCAAAGUUCAAACCCUCACUCCCUGUCUUCCUCUUCCCUCACCAGAGCCGCCUUCCACCCCAUUACUCUCUCACAGACUCACACCCUCCCUCCACCAAGUGUUCUCCAUUCAAGUCAUCUUAUUACCGCAAUCCCAAUCCCAAACCCUAAUCCUAUUUGUUAUUCUUUCUCUCAAUCAAUCUCAUUCUCUACUUUUGCUUUCUUCUCACGCUCACUAAUUUCUUCUUUCACUCUCAUUACGCAUGCCAUUCAUUUUCAUUACUCUCAUUUUCUGACUUCCAUUACUCCAUCUUCCAAAACUCUGUAAUUUUCGAACGGUUCACUACAAUGUCUUGCAUCACUUUCAAUGUUGGAACUUCUUUCAAUCUUAACGGAUGCAUUAAGCAUGAAUUUUCUAAACCAAUCGGCUUCAGAAACCACUCCACUUUUCCCAAAUCUUCUACUCACUUAUCAAAAACCUUGAAUUUAAGCUUAACCAACAGUAGUUUUAGUUUAUUCGACACCCGUACACGCCCAUUUCAAAGUGUUUUCAAAUGUAUUGCUCAGAGUUCAGAGCCAUCAGCUUCUAUUGGGGUUGAAACCAAAAACAAUUCGGAAGGGGUGGCUGUUCUGGUUAUUGGUGGAGGUGGGCGAGAACAUGCGCUUUGUUAUGCGCUGCAACGAUCACCCUCCUGUGAUUCGGUAUUCUGUGCUCCUGGCAAUGCGGGAAUUGCCAGCUCAGGAAAUGCGACUUGCAUCUCGGACCUUGAUGUUAAUGAUGGUGCAGCUGUAGAGUCGUUUUGUCGGAAAUGGGGGGUGGGGCUAGUUGUUGUUGGACCUGAAGCCCCACUUGUUGCAGGUUUAUCAAAUUAUUUAGUUAAGGUUGGAAUCCCGACUUUUGGUCCAUCUGCAGAGGCUGCCGCUCUAGAAGGUUCGAAGAAUUUCAUGAAGCAGUUGUGUGACAAGUACGAAAUUCCAACUGCUAAGUACAAAACGUUUACAGACCCAUCCGCAGCAAAGCAAUAUAUUCAAGAAGAAGGAGCUCCGAUUGUUAUCAAAGCAGAUGGAUUGGCUGCUGGAAAAGGAGUAACAGUUGCCAUGACACUGGAAGAAGCAUAUGAAGCGGUUGAUUCAAUGCUGGUGAAAGGUGAUUUUGGUUCUGCAGGUUGUCGUGUCAUUGUUGAGGAAUUUCUAGAAGGAGAAGAAGCGUCUUUUUUUGCCCUGGUUGAUGGAGAAAAUGCAAUUCCAUUAGAAUCUGCUCAGGACCAUAAGAGAGUUGGCGACGGUGACACAGGGCCAAAUACGGGUGGCAUGGGUGCAUACUCUCCCGCUCCUAUAUUAACCAAGGAACUUGAAUCUAUAGUAAUGGAUUCUAUUAUAAUGCCAACAGUAAAAGGAAUGUCCGCAGAAGGUUGCAAGUUUGUUGGUGUUUUAUACGCCGGGCUUAUGAUUGAGAAGAAGUCUGGCAGGCCUAAGUUAAUUGAGUAUAAUGUGCGAUUUGGUGAUCCAGAGUGCCAGGUCUUGAUGGUUCGGUUGGAGUCUGAUUUGGUACAAGUUCUGCUUGCAGCUUGCAGGGGAGAGUUGAGUGGAGUAUCACUGGAUUGGUCUCCGGGGUCAGCCAUGGUUGUGGUAAUGGCAAGUAAAGGAUAUCCCGGAUCAUAUGAGAAGGGAACUAUAAUUGAAAACCUUGAAGAAGCCGAACUUGUUACUUCAGGUAUCAAGAUAUUCCAUGCUGGAACUGCUUUUGAUUCUGAAGGAAGAUAUAUUGCAACCGGAGGGCGUGUCCUUGGGGUUACUGCCAAAGGAAAUGAUCUUGAAGAGGCACGGGAUCGAGCUUAUCAAGCUGUUGAGAAUGUUAACUGGCCAGGGGGCUUCUAUCGUCGGGAUAUUGGUUGGAGAGCCCUUCCUCAGAAACAACACACCAAAUAAGUAUAAACUACCGUGACAAUGUCCGUAAGAGAUAAUUGGUCAACAGUCAAUAACCGUGAAUUAGAUUACAAACCUAGAGCAUCUCGAAGAUGAAAGAGGAUAAUCCGUAGUUGACCUAAGCUUGUAUUUUAUUUUUUUCUAUAACAGUUUUGGUAGGACAAAUGAUGAUUAGAUCGAGGGUGAUAACGAUUAUUUUUAACAAAAACUGUCUCGCCUUAGUGAUCUUUUAUGCCUAUCGAAGAGCAGAAAGACACAGAGAAGUUGACAGUGAACUGAGUAUUUAGUCUACUUAUUAUUCUACGCAUGAGAAUGAUUAUAUUAUAAGAGAAUGAUUAUAAUUA